GCACCGUUGAGUGGGUCGAAGUGUCGGGGCGCGGAUCGCGGGCUGAGCCUUGGAUCUGGGUAUUGGCGAGGCUGGCUUGAAGGUUGAUUCAGGCCUGCAUUUUGCUGGAUACGUUUUGAGAGGCCGUCGGUAGCAGUGGGAGCGGCGGCAUGACGGGCGGGACGGGGGGCGGUCAGGCCGCACCGGCACACUCGCUCUUGGAUCUGCUCUUCUGCACGGCUGGAAUCUAUGCCUCGUACAUCACGUACGGCUACCUGCAGGAGGGGCUCUACGAAUAUGUGAGCCCGACGGGCCAGGCCUUCAAGGCCAUGGGCUCUGCCACGGUCACACUGUUGAUCGUGCAAGUCUUGCUCAGCGGCCUAUACGCCUUGAUCACGAGUAUCAUCAAGAAGGACAAGCCCAUGGGCUUGGGCUUGGACUUUGCCGUGCCGGGACUGACCUACAUUGGUGCCAUGCUCUGCUCCAACGAAGCACUCAAGUAUGUCAACUACCCCACCCAGGUUCUGGCCAAGAGCUGCAAGCUCGUGCCCGUCCUCCUGGUCAACGUGCUCUACUACGGCCGCCGACCCAGCAUGCUGCAGUACCUUCACGUGGCCCUCGUGACCGUCGGCAUCAUCCUCUUUCGCUGGAAGGCUGGUCGAGACAGCAGCGAGUCCAACACCACCUAUGGCCUCCUUCUCCUGGCCAUGAGCUUGGCCAUGGACGGCAUCACAGGCCCGGCCCAGGAAUGGAUCCGAGAUCAUCACAAGCCCAGCAACGAGCAGUUUAUGUUUUACUGCAACCUGUAUGGCCUGGUCUACCUCCUCGGUGGCCUUUGCUUCAUGGAAGACGGCCUCAAUGGUCUGCUCUUUGUGGUCGAUCCUCAAAAUGCCCCUUUCCUCGGCCGCCUCAUCGUCUUUUGCAUUUGUGGUACCAUUGGUCAAAACUUCAUCUUCCUCACACUUCGCAAGUUUGGGAGCCUGGCCCUAACGACCGUGACCACGACGCGCAAGUUUUUCACCAUCCUCUUCUCGGUGGUGGCCUACGGUCACGUCCUGGGCUUCUCGCAAUGGAUUGGGGUGCUCGUGGUCUUUAUCGGCCUCUCCGUGGACGCCGUCGAGAAGAUGCAGAAACGCAGCUCCUCGGCGCCCAGCUCUAAAAAACGUAGAUGACUAGUUUCGGACCCGCUGCUGGUGGUGGAGCCUCUCCCAUUGGUUCACCCCAAAUAGCCGUGUCGCUUUGGUUUAAUUUGUCUCCCUUCGCUUUCGACCGAUGGAAUGGAUUUUCUCUUCGAUUUGUGAGUUCCAUCCAACGAAUGUGCUCCAGUGUGCGGCUCGUGACGGAUACCUUGCAAGGCCCUUCAUCAAAGUGCGGCACACAUCAGAUUCAAGGUUUCUGUUGGUUGCGCUCUGCUCUUUACACACGAGCACAGCCAUCCGUUUUGUUUCUUCUUGUUGUUUUUUUCUUCGAGCUAGAAUCGAUCAGGCCCCUUCUUGC